AACAAUUCCAGUUUUUGAAAUAAUUAAGUAUAAAUAACUAUUCCUUAUUAGUUGAAUGUGUCUAUGCCAUUUUCUCUUUCUCUUCCAUUUUAUUUGUAGAAAUUUAAUAUAUUUAAAAUUAAGAGAGCAUACGACCACGACGUAUGAACGAACGUUUCGUGGCCAACAUGGCGCAGAAAGGAGGUAAAGAAAAACCGGAUUUGGUGUCUUGGUAUGCCGAUCUCAAUCGGUGUGGACAAACACAAGAAUACGAGAAGGCAAUAAAAAUCGCAGGAAGAAUUCUUCAUCAUUUUCCUGGUGAACUGAAAGCCUUCCAGUGCCGUGUUGUAAGCUUCAUCUUGCAGGAUAAGUUUGAAGAAGCUCUCACAGCCAUUGGGAGAGACAAAGAAAAGGCAGAGUUUCUACAGUUCGAGAAGGCAUACUGUGAAUAUCGACUAAAUAGGACAGAACAGGCACUUUCUACUCUGAGAUCAGUUACUAAUCUAGAUGUCCGUACUAAGGAACUUUUGGCCCAAGUGCUUUACCGACUAGAACAAUAUCAAGAGUGCUAUACACUGUACAAGGAUCUUCUGAAAAACACUCAGGAUGAAUUUGAUGCUGAGCGCCAGACCAACAUGGCAGCCGUGGUGGCUGCAUUGCAAAUGUGGGAUGUGCAGAAUGUGGAGGAUGCAGGUCUGGACGAAGACUCAUAUGAAGUCUGCUAUAACAAUGCCUGCUACCAGAUCGGCUGUGGAAAUCUGGAUUUGGCAGAGCUGAAGCUAAAAAAAGCAGAGGAAUUCCUUCGAAAUGACUCAGACUUGACAGAAGAAGAACUGGAUGAGGAGUUGGCCAUUAUAAGAGUCCAAAUGGGGUACUUGCUGCAAAAGAAGGGACGCUGUGAAGAAGCAGCUCAACUCUAUAACCAAGUACAAAAAAACAGACCAUCAGAUGUAGGGAUAGGAGCUGUGCUGUCAAACAACCUGGUGACUAUCAACAAGGACCAGAAUGUGUUUGACUCCAAACGUAAAAUGAAGUCAGCCACAGGUGACAAUGUCAAAGGCAAGCUGACAUCAGUCCAGAAGCAGAUUGUUGCUGUCAAUCAAUGUCUUCUCCACAUGUAUUCCAAUCAGGGAGAACUGUGUCUGAAGCAAGCAGAAGAGUUACACCGUGAAGAUCCAGACCUGAUGUCUUGUGUUCUGAUUAGUGCUGCUCAGCAUGUUAGAGACAAGAACAUGGAUAAAGCUAUGGCCAUGCUUCAGGCAUACAGGAACAGUCACCCAGACAAGCAGUUCACCUUGCAGUUAAUGAUGGCCCAGAUUUACCUCAGUCAGGGCAGUGUCUAUGCAGCCUGUGAUGCACUCAAGGCUCUAGGGGAUCUUCAGCAUAAGCCAGGAGUUGUGUCAGCACUGGUAACACUCUACAUGGGACAAGAGGACAGAGCAGCUGCAUCAGAUGUUUUGGUCAAUGCUGUCAACUGGUACAAAAAAAAUCAGCCCAAAUCACCUGAUCUGGCCAUCCUGACACAAGCUAAUUCAGCCUUCCAGUUAAAGCAUGGCAAUGCAGACUUGGCAGCACAGAUGUUGGAAGAUCUUAGAAAGCAAAAUCCUAAGGAUCCAAUGGUGCUUGCCCAACUGAUUUCAGCAUAUUCUCAAUUUAAUCCUAACAAGGCCAAAGAAAUCAGCAGAGACCUGCCUCCAGUUUCAGAGAUAGUACGUGAGGUAGAUGUGGAUGCUCUGGAAUCUGCCUUCAGCACUCUGGGUCCAAAAUACAUGAAGAAAAUGCAGAAAGGAGAACCAUCUCCUGGACCGUCUGGAGAUAUGCUUCUGAAGAAAAAGAAGAAGAAAAAGAAGGGAAAGCUGCCAAAGAACUGUGAAGCUGGUGGUGACAUAGACCCAGAGAGGUGGUUACCACGAAGGGAGCGGUCCUACUACCGUGGAAAAAGGAAAGAUAAACGUAGAGAAAUUGGGAAGGGUACGCAAGGCUCAGGAACUGUUGCUUCAGAAUUGGAUGCCAGCAAAGUUUCACCAGGAGGCAGUGAUCCCUCUUCACCUCGACCUGGCUCAGCAGCAGUGUCUUCUCCAUCCUCUGGGGCCACAGCUUCACCCCAGGCUGCACCUGCAGCUGCUGGCCCUCGGCAACAAAAGCCAGCACAAGCCCAGAAGAAAAAGAAAAAGAAGGGAGGCGUCAAAUGGUAGGAGUGGUGUCCCUUAUAGCAGCUGUUGUGCUCCAACUGUGACAAGUGCACACAGUAUUUUUAAUCUGCCAGGCCCUAAAUGAAGCUAAUAAAAAAAUGUGAAAGUUAGCAAACAUUGCAUCAAUACUUUGUUUUGGCUUGUGUAACAAGUAAAAGAAUGUUUUUAAAAUUAGUACCAAAUAAAUGAUAUUUAUUAAACAUAAUUUUUGUAGUCUUUUCAACUACUUCUACUUCAACCUAUUGUAAACUACUACUAAACGUUUAACUGCUUAAAAUCAAAUCGUGAAAACAUGUACAUGAAUGAUGUAACACUUCAGAAUUUAAAAAGCUUUUUAUAUUGAUGCUACUUUGAUGCACAAGUGCAUCAGAGAUCAAUAUAAGCUGUCUUCAGGCCUGUUUGGUUUUGACUAGAUAGCUAACUAGACUUUUACGUUUAAUUAUGAUGGUGCUUGUCUCAAUUAAAUGCCUGCUAUUACA